AUGGCUAGAGUCAAAGAUCAAGUUGAACGAUCCGGAUGGGUCCGAAGACCUAAACAGGGUCGACGAGCCAAACAUGUCCAAUCACCCGGACAAGUCCGAAGCCCCAGACGGGCUCGACGACUCGGACGGGCCCUAAGGCCCAAAGACCCAAAUUGCCCCAACAAACUGGACGGGUCUGAAGACCUAGACGGGUCUGAAGACCUAGACGUGCCUGAUGACACUGAGAGGCCUGACGACUCGGACGGGCCUAACGACCUGGACAAGCAUAAUGACCUGGACGGGCCCGACAAUCCAGAAGACCUUGAUGAUCUGAACAGGCCCAACGAAAUGGAUGAGCCCGAAAACCCAAAUGGACCCGACGACCCGAACGAGCCCAAUGAUCCAAACGGACCCGACGACCAGCCCGAUCCGGACAGGACCAACGACCCAGACGGGCCCGACGACCUAGACGAGCCUGACAACCGGGACAAGACAAACGACAUGGACAUGCAAGACUAUCCGGACAGGCCCAAUGAUCCGGACAGGUCGUCGGGCCCGUUAGGUCUGUCUGGGUCAUCAGGCCUGUUUGGAUCGUUUGGCCCGUUUGGGUCGUCGGGCUUGUCCGGUUCGUUUUCACCGUUUGGAUCAUCGAGCCCAGCCAGAUAG